CGGAAGUUUGCGUUACGUCUUUUCCAGUUUGACAAGCCGCCGCCGCUCCUCAGAGCUCGACCUCGUCUACCUCACAAUCGCAGGAAACAUGUGGAGGUCAACGGCAUCACGUGUAGUUGCUUCUUUGAAAAAUGAGCUUCUACAAUCCAGGAGUUUCAUCCGUGGGAUGAAAACUGUUACAUUAAUCCCCGGUGAUGGCAUCGGUCCAGAGAUCUCCGCGGCUGUCGUGAAGAUAUUUGUAGCAGCUGAAGUUCCCAUUGAGUGGGAGGAAAGAAACGUCACAGCUGUACAGGGACCAGGUGGAAAGUGGAUGAUUCCUCAUGAUGCUAAAGAAUCGAUGGAUAAAACAAAAAUCGGCCUGAAAGGCCCUUUGAAAACACCAGUAGGAGCAGGUCAUCCCUCCAUGAACCUGCUUCUGAGAAAGACGUUUGACCUCUACGCUAAUGUGCGCCCCUGCGUGUCCAUUGAGGGUUAUGACACGCCUUAUACUGAUGUGAACCUGGUUACCAUCAGGGAAAACACUGAGGGAGAGUACAGUGGGAUUGAACACGUGAUUGUUGACGGAGUUGUGCAGAGUAUUAAGCUCAUCACGGAACAAGCCAGCCACCGCAUUGCAGAGUAUGCUUUUGAAUACGCAAAAAACAAUCAGAGGUCCAGUGUUACUGCUGUUCACAAGGCUAAUAUCAUGCGAAUGUCGGAUGGACUUUUCCUGCGAAAGUGCAGGGAGGCCGCAGAGAAGCACAAAGAUAUCAAAUUCACAGAGAUGUACUUGGAUACUGUGUGCCUUAAUAUAGUCCAGGAUCCCUCGCAGUUUGAUGUCCUGGUGAUGCCAAAUUUGUAUGGAGACAUCUUGAGUGAUCUCUGUGCUGGAUUAAUUGGAGGUUUGGGAGUAACACCAAGUGGAAACAUUGGUGCCCAUGGGGUGGCCAUAUUUGAGUCGGUUCAUGGAACUGCUCCAGAUAUUGCAGGACAAGAUCUUGCUAACCCCACUGCCCUGCUGCUCAGUGGCAUCAUGAUGCUGCGCCACAUGGGUUUACAUAGCCACGCCCAGAAAAUUGAAACUGCCUGCUUUGACACCAUUCAGGACAAAAAGGUUCUAACCAAAGACUUGGGAGGAAACGCCAAGUGCUCAGAGUUCACAGAAGUAAUUUGUCAAAGAGUUCGGGACAUGAAGUAAAAGGAGCUAGUGAGGCUUCUCAUAAUCUGUUAGUAUAGUAUUACGUUGCACUGUGUGACUCCAUGUUAAAACGUUUACCCAGAGCAUGUAUUUAAAAUUCUGGUGCUUAUGAACUUGAAUGUUUAGAUUGCAGCACCUUUAACAAAGAAUUGUCUUAACCGCAUCAUCAAGAACAUCUGUAUAUAUGACAUGCUAAGCAAGAUUUUUGAAGACGGUUGUACAUUAAUCUUUAAUGUGUUUAAAACUCACUUUAAAAUAAGAGAGACAGUCCUCAUGAACAUGUCAGAAGUCUUCCAUUAUGGUGCCCAGAGAUUGUGCACUUGAUACUGGUGGGGAAAAAAACAUGCUUCUUUAUGCACAAAACCUUAUCAUUUUGAACUUGGUAUGUUUUUAAACCACUAGGUGUUGUUCUUCCAAAUUGUAUGAAUGUAUGCAGAACAAUUCCAAUAGAAAUGUGAAACUAUAAUCAGAUUUUUUUUUUUCAAUCUAGCUUGCUAUUAAAGUUCAUGACAAAAUUUUCAUAUAUCCAAUCUUGGUUUGAGACUAUUUUUUAAAGACAGUUUCUUAUGUUUAGAGGUAUUCAUUGUGACAGGUAAACUUUUCUAAUGUUUAAAGGCAUUAUAAAGUGUGCAUGUACAAAAAAGGGGGUAAAAAAAAUUAAAGUUCUACUUUUAGAGUUA